GAGGGUUACUACUGUAGUGGAGGGUUACUACUGUAGUGGGGGGUUACUACUGUAGUGGAGGGUUACUACUGUAGUGGAGGGUUACAGUGUAUCUGAGAUCCCUAGGAAUAGUUCCGGUAACUUUCCCUUAUUCCCGGUAACUUUCCCUUAUUCCCGGUAACUUUCCCUUAUUCCCGGUAACUUUCCCUUAUUCCCGGUAACUUUCCCUUAUUCCCGGUAACUUUCCCUUAUUCCCAGGAUUUCUCCUCCAUUUCUUGCUUAUUCUCUCCUGAUAACAGGAAACAGGAAACUUCCAAUCAGGAUUUCUGUAAAACCGGUGUAUUUUUGUGGAAGUUUCCAGAAUUCUGCAACACUAUGUCUGUGAGUUGUUCUCUGACUUGUCUCUCCCUGUAGAUUGAUAACCUCGACCCCCGUGGUGUUCAGCUGGCUGCUCUGUUCAUGAGCGGCGUGGACAUGGCCUUAUUGGCCAACGACGCGUGUGGCCAGCCAAUCCCCUGGGAGCACUGCUGCCCGUGGAUGUACUUUGAUGGCAAGCUGCUGCAGAGCAAACUGAUCCGGGCCAUUCGGGACAAGGCCCCGCUCAUCGACCUCUGUGAUGGUCAGGUGGAUCAGGUGAACAAGGUGAAGCAAAUGCGUCAGAGCAUCCUGGAGGGGCUUAACUUGUCCCCACCUCCCCCCCCCCACCCCCACGCCAUGCCUUUCUAUCCCCCAGGGGGAGCCUUCUACCCCCCGCCCCACAUGAUGCCGCUGCAGGGCAGGGGCAGGAGCAUGGGCAUGCCUCUUGGUCCGUGGUCUGCAGGCCUGCCAAGCAUGUCCACCCAGGGCGGGAAGCUAGAGAUAGCAGGCACGGUGGUGGGCCAAUGGGCUGGCAUCAGACGGGGCCGAGGCAGACGAGGCUUCCCCAUCCAGGUGGUCUCUGUCGGCGGACCAAACAGAGGGCGUCUGCGGGGUGUGAUCUCCACUCCUGUCAUCAGGACCUUCGGUCGAGGAGCCAAAUUCCCCCUCAGAGGCUUCAAGAGCCAGGGAACAUACCAGGUGGGACACGGGACAUACCAGAGUAAGCCUACCUACUCCUUAGCCAGUGAGGUGAAGGAGAGGAAGAAGUUGCAGACUGAGGAGAAGGAGAAAUCUCCCGUUAUGCUGUCUUCCGACGGGUCCACUACAGAGAACGGACUGGAGCAGAGAGAGGAGGGGGGACUGGAGGAGAGGGAGGAGGGACUGGAGGAGGAGAGGGAGGAGGAGGGGGAAGUGGAGGAGAGUGAGGUAGAGCAGCUGAAAGAUCAGGUCAUGGAGGUGAGAGAAAGCAGGGCUGUGAAUAUCCAACCAGAAAGUGCCUUUAGCAGCGACUCCAAGAUGUGCAAUACUAACCCCCGCCUAAAUGCACUAAACACAGACGGCGCCUGUCUCAGAGACGCGGCAGAACCUCUGAGGGCAGCCGCCUCUGUCUUACAAACAGAAGAGUAAAAAUGAAAACUAUGUUUUUGUAGAGAGGGUGAAGAACGAGUGAGAGGAUGUAAGGAAGCCUACAGUUGCUGUUCCAUAUUGUAUGCAUUCCAAACAGCUCCCUAUAUAGUGCAGUAGUUUUGACCAGAGGGCCCCCCCCCCCCCC